AUGAGCACUACACAGCGGUCUGAAAGCAUGAAUGCCUUUUUCGACGGAUAUGUGCAUUCUAGUACAACGUUAAAGGAAUUUGUUGAUCAAUUUGACAAUGCUCUAAAAAAGAAAGUGGAAGUAGAGACGACGACUGAUUUCAAUUCGUGCAACCAAACCAUCCCAUGUGUGACUCCAUUCCACUUUGAGAAGCAGUUUCAAGCAGUGUAUACAAAUGCAAAGUUUAAAGAAAUUCAAGGGGAGGUGUGGGGAAUGAUUUGUUGUAAUUGCAUACCUGUUAGCAAACAGGGUUGUAUUUCCACCUUUGACGUGUUCGAAGAAAUUUCCACGGGUGAUCAUGUCAAAACCAUCCAUUACGUAGUUUACUAUAAUGAGGAGGAAUGUGAUAUCAAAUGCACGUGUGCACUGUUUGAGACGAGGGGCAUUCUUUGUAGGCAUGUAUUUAAAGUUUGUCAAAUUAAGAAGAUUCAUGUUUUGCCAGAGAGGUACAUCUUGGAUCGGUGGAGGAAAGACUUAAAGAGAAGAUACACACUUGUCAAAAGUAGCUAUGAUGAUUUGCGGGAUAAUGCGGACUCACGAAGGUAUGAACUUGUGGUUAAAAGAUGUAUGAAAUUAGCGACGCGUGUCUCCCCAAGUGAUGACCAUGUGAAUGCAUUCAUGCUGGUUUUGGAUGAGUUUGAGCAUAAUUUUAAAGGAUUACCACUUGAGUCCGGUUCAACCAAGGUCAAUGAGAGCGACGUCGUGGAUAAGGGUAAGAAAAUAUUAAGUCCUAACGUUGUUCGAGGAAAAGAGAGACCUCCAAUGAAGAGAAAGGUUCCACCUGUGGAGAAGGCUGCAACCAAGAGAAAGAAGAAACAGGAAAAUAUUUGA